AUGAUCUUUCUUCUAAUUAUUAUAUCAACUUUUUUCCUAAGCAUUGAAGCUUCCACAUGCAAACCAAGUGGAAGAAUAACAGGAAAAAAGCUCAACUCAGGACACUGCAAUAGAGGCCAAGAUUCCAGCUGCUGCAAACCAGGAAAACCCUACACAACCUUCCAGUGUUCACCACAAGUUACACACCACACAAAAGCAACCCUAACACUGAACAGCUUUGAGAGAGGUGGAAGUGGAGGAUCAGCAUCGGCAUGCGACAGCAAGUUUCACUCCGACAGCACGCCUGUUGUGGCAUUAUCAACCGGUUGGUUGAACAAUCACAAGAGGUGUUUGAAGAAGAUUGUUAUAUUUGGGAAUGGGAAAAGAGUGAAGGCUUUGGUUGUUGAUGAGUGUGAUUCUACUAAAGGGUGUGAUGCUACGCAUGAUUUUCAGCCUCCUUGUUUGAAUAAUAUUGUGGAUGGUUCUGCUGCUGUUUGGAAGGGGUUGGGUGUGCCUGAGAAAGAUUGGGGGGAGAUGGAAGUUUUUUGGUCAGAUGCUUGA